UAGUAGUUGUGUUCUUACAUUUUCAACAAAAGCUCAAAAUUAGCCUGGCUAGGAAAGAAUGUCAAUAGAGAAAAGUAAUAGUAGUGAUUCCCCAAAUGGAAUUUUGUCCCACAACUUGUUCUUGAAUGGAAUUUUAUGCAAAACCCUAGUCUUUUUAUCCCUAAUUCUAUAUCUACUCCAUAUUUUCUUGUCCAAUCAUCCAUGUUGUCAAUCAUCAUCAUCCCUAUUACAAGUUUUCCCCACCAAAAACAUCAUCAAGUCAUCAAAUUAUUAUUAUAACUCCAGCAAUAAAACCAAUAUUAGCCAUUUAGUUUUUGGAAUUGCAGCCUCAUCAAACACAUGGGGUGAAAAAAAAUGGUACAUAAAUUCUUGGUGGAAACCAAAUAUAACUAGGGGAUAUGUUUUCUUGGAUAGAACCCCAAAUGAGCACGUACCAUGGCCUGUUUCGUCUCCUCCUUAUAGAAUUUCUAGUGACAAUUCGCAAUACGCGCCUUACAACAAACACAGAAUGCCAUUCGCGAUUAGAAUGGUGAGGGUAAUUGAGGAGACAUUCAUGUUACACCAUGGCCCCGGUGUUAGGUGGUAUGUUAUGGCUGACGAUGACACUGUGCUAAUGAUUGACAAUUUAGUCAACGUACUCACGAAGUAUGAUCAUACGAAAUACUAUUAUGUUGGGAUGAAUUCAGAGUGUAUUGUGAGUAAUUUUGGGAAUUCAUUUCAAAUGGCAUUUGGUGGUGCUGGUUAUGCUUUGAGUUACCCUUUAGCACAAGCUGUGGCUAAGAACAUGGAUACAUGUAUUAAGAGGUAUCCAUAUUUGUAUGGAAGUGACCACAUUUUACAAGCAUGUAUUGCUGAUUUAGGAGUCACCAUUACACUAGAAAAGGGAUUUCAUCAGAUCGACUUGCGUCGCGACAUAUCAGGAUUUUUAUCAGCACAUCCACAAUCUCCAUUCCUAUCACUCCAUCACCUUGACUUAGUAGCACCAAUUUUCCCUUCAAUGAACCGUUUUGAAGCCUUAAAUCAUCUAAUGAAAGCAGCAAGUGUUGAUCAAUCUAGACUAUUGCAACAAAGUACAUGUUACAAUAAGCUAAACAAUUGGACAUUUUCAGUGUCAUGGGGUUAUUCAGUGCAAAUUUAUGACAAAAUUCAAUCACAAAGUUAUCUUGCAAUGCCAAUUGAGACAUUUGGUGAAUGGAGAAAAGGUGCAUGGCCACCUUACAUGUUUAAUGUUAGAGGAUUGAAGAGCAAUAAUGGCAAUUCUUGUGGUGAAGUUCCAAAUGUUUUGUUUUUUGAUUCAUUGGAGGGUACCAGGAUGAAUCAUAUUGUGACAACAUAUGUCAAGAAAACUCCUAGGAGUUGUGGCAAUGAUGAUCAUCCUAUUGAUGGUAUCUUGAAAAUUCGUGUAUUUUCUCCUAUGCAUAAGCUUCAUGUUGGGGAUGGUAACAAAAGAGAAUGUUGUGACAUUAUACAGCCUAUUGGAGUGGACUCUAUGGCCGUCAAACUUAGGACUUGUACGAGACAUGAAAUUAAUGCCCGAAUGAAAUAAAGACGUAGAAACAUAUAUAAUAACUUUAUGCAAUAUUUUUUUUUGU